AUGGCGACAGCACAGAGCAAUGGCGAGAAGCCAAAAACUGGCAUCAAAGUCAUCAUCAUAGGCGCAGGCUUCGGCGGCCUCACAGCAGCCAUAGAAUGCAUUCGACAAGGCCACACGCCCGUCAUAUACGAAUCGUUUCCCUCUCUCAAGAUCCUCGGCGAUAUCAUAACGUUUGGCCCCAAUGCAGGUCGCAUCUUCUAUCGCUGGUCCGACGGCUCAGUCGCCGCGAAGAUGCGCAAGAUCUCCAUUGAUCUUCAAAAUUACGGCUUCAAUAUUCACAAGUACGACACUGGCGAGAUUGUCCUCAACCAGAAGAAUCCACCCAGGAACGAGACGAGCCCCAUGUUCAAUGGCCAUCGUGGCGAACUGCACGAGAUUGUGUUUGAGUACGCGAAAAGCAUUGGCGUGGAGAUCAAUCUGGGUCAGCGAGUGGAGAAGUAUUGGGAGAACCAAGACAAGGCAGGCAUCGAGCUUGAAGAUGGCACAAAGGUCGAGGGCGACUUAGUCAUUGGCAGUGACGGUGUGCGGAGCAAGGCCAGGACACUAGUUCUGGGGUAUGAGGACAAGCCCAAGUCAAGUGGCUACGCGGUGUGGAGAGCGUGGUUCCCAAACAAGGAUAUGAUGGCAGACCCCGAGACGAGGCAGUUCUGCGAGAACGGUGACACCUUCAAUGGGUGGAUUGGUCCCGACGUUCACUUCCUCUUCUCCACCCUCAAAGGUGGCUCAGACUGUUGCUGGGUCCUCACGCACCGCGACGAACACGACAUCGACGAAUCUUGGUCCUUCCCCGGACACCUGAAAGACGUCAAGAAGGUUCUCGAAGGCUGGGAUCCAAUGUGCUGGAAGAUCGUAUCCAAGACACCAGAAGAGAAGCUUGUGGAUUGGAAGCUGGUAUACCGUGACCCACUUCCUAACUGGGUCAGUGGCUACGGCUCGGCGCCUGGCCACGGUCGCAUUUGCCUGCUCGGCGACGCCGCACAUCCUUUCUUGCCGACGAGUGCUCAAGGCGCAACACAAGCGCUUGAGGAUGGCGUCACAAUAGCCGCUCUUUUGAGGCAAGCCGGCAAAGACAAUGUGCGUGGCGCACUUCGUGCUUAUCAGGAUAUCCGCUAUGAGCGUGUUAAGGCGGUGCAGAAGACUGGUGAGACCACGCGCGACAUGUGGCAUAACACAGAUUGGGAGGCGGUCAAGAAAGAUCCAACUCUCAUUCAGUUCCCACGCGAAGACUGGAUCUUUGGUUUCGAUGCUGAGAAACACGCGGAGGAGGUUGGACCGGAGGCAAUCCAAAAGGCAUCGAUUGUUUCAGGAUAAUUUAUAUACACUGAUAGCCUUCAUUAUCAACUAAUAGGUCG